AUGGGAUCAAUCGCUUCAGAUGUGGCUGCCCCUUCACAGCUCUUCUCACCUUUCAAAAUCGGCAACCUGGAACUAAAACACCGCAUCGUCAUGGCUCCAUUGACCCGAUUCCGCAACGACGAGAACCACGUUCCCCUCCCCUUUGUGUCAGAUUACUAUGCUGAACGCGCCUCUGUUCCGGGCACAUUCAUAAUCGCCGAGUCGACGGUUGUCUCGCCUCGUGCGGCAGGAUACUCCAAUCUCCCUGGAAUCUGGAGCAAAGACCAAAUUGCGUCAUGGAAACGAGUGACCACCGCAGUGCACGCCAAGGGAAGCUACAUAUUCUUACAACUCUGGGCUCUGGGACGCGUAGCAGACAAAGAAAUCGCCGAGAAGGAAGGCAUGAAGAUUGUUUCAUCGAGCAAUAUCUCUAUGGACAGCGACCACCCGGAACCGGAGGCUUUAAGUUAUGAAGAGAUCCAGAUUUUGGUGGCAGAUUUUGGUCAGGGGGCUAAAAAUGCCAUUGAAGCCGGAUUCGACGGUAUUGAGGUUCACGGUGCAAAUGGUUAUCUAGUCGACCAGUUUAUCCAGGAUGUCGCAAAUCAAAGGACCGAUGAGUACGGCGGUUCCAUUGAUAGGAGGAACAGGUUUGCUCUGGAGGUUGCUAAGGCGGCGGCCGAUGCUAUCGGUGCUAAGAAGGUCGGAUUUCGAAUCAGUCCUUUCUCGACUUUCCAGAGUAUGAAGAUGGCCGAUCCGUAUCCCCAGUUCUCUGCACUAGUUAAAGGUCUCAAGGCACUAGGUUUGGCGUAUCUCCAUGUCGUCGAGUCGCGGAUUGCGGGUGAUAACGCAGGUCAAGGGACCGAGAAAAUCGAUUUCUUGCUGGACAUCUGGGGAGAUGAUUCCCCUUUCUUGAUCGCUGGUGGUUGGAAGCCCGAUACUGCCCAGGCAGCCAUGGAUGAUCAGUACAAGGACAAGAAUGUCGCUAUAGUCUUUGGUCGGUACUUCUUAGCUACACCCGACUUGCCGUUCAGGAUCAGACGAGGGCUUGAGCCAAACAGGUAUAACCGCGAUCUAUUCUACGCGAUCAAAACCAAAGACGGAUACCUGGACUACAAAUUCAGCAAGGAAUGGGAAGAGGCCAGUAAGCAUGGCCUGGACAAUAUUUUGGCAUGA